AGAAAUGUAAACAACUUCAGGAUCAUACAUAUAAAAGACGCUUUUUUACUUACUAAUAAAUACUGUUACUUUGUUUAAAAUUAAAGAAUUUUUUAUUAUUUUAUUCUGAAAAUAUUUACAAUCCAGUAUGGAUACGGAAAGUUUUCUAGCGCAACAACAAGAAAUGUUCAAGAUGAGUAAUUUACUCUUCGGUAUUUUGUUGUUUGGAUUUUGUAUUCUUACACUAUACGCACUUUGUAAAUGGUGCAACGACAACUCAAGCGAGUCUCAGUCAAACAAGAAAGAAAAUGAACGACUUAUGAUGAAACCGGUGUAUGCUCAUGAAAUUGAACCCGGAAUUGUAAUUCUACAAAAUGAAGAAGGUGAUUAUUUUAAAAUACUGAAGGAAUAUGAUUCCAAAUCAGACAAUCUGUAUGGAUCAGUGGCUUGCACUCGACCGGAAAUGAUGCAAACACCAACACGCAUGUCUACAGUUGAACCGGAAAUGCUCCGUCCUAAUACUGGAACGAAUGGUAUAAUAUCGCCAUCGGCUCCCCCAGUGAUUCCUGCUCCCCAAGGGAACAAAUGUAACGUACAUACCGGUAAACGACCAGCGUACAAACAUUAUGAUAAUCCCCCACCUUACGCUAGAAAUUGAAUAUCAUAUGAUUCCGGUUAUUAAAAGGGGAUAAUUUUGACAUUUUACGCUUAUAUUAUCAAAAUAUCGUUUUUCCUGAUGCAAACAUUGAUAUACUGUACAGUACAAUGUAUAACUUUUCUGUGCGCCAGCUGUGUCUUAAAUAACAACUCAACUGCUGCAAGAUGUGCGUGCAUGUGUUUAAAACAAAGCUAUUAACAGAUAUUGUAUAGUUAUAUUAUCAAAAAUAUUAAUCAAUUACAGGACAAUGUCAUUUUAAUUCCAAACAAUAUUAUUUUAUAAUAUAUCAUUUUGUAUCAAGACUCAGAUAACAAGACUGAUAAUGCUAUCGACAUGUUAGGUUUCUUUAACCACACUAAGUUAAAUAUACAACAAAGUUACAUACCGGUAUUAAAUUCAAUUGUUAUUUACAUUUUUAACUAAUAAUGUCUAAAAUUGAAUCAAUGUUCAUUCUCCAAAUGAUUUGUUUCCAUUCCAAUAACUUAUUAUUUAUAAAAGUAUCGAUAAAUGCACAUCUUUUUUCAUAGCUAUAUGCAUGUUGUUUGUUUGUUUGUUUGUUUAUUUGUUUAUCUACUUAUUUAUUAUCAUGAAACCAUUGAAAACGUUAAAAAAGAUAUCAAGAUUUUGUUUGUAAAUUUUCAUGCAGCUAAAAUAUAAGUAAAUAUAAUGUAUUGUAGAUGAUGUACUUUGUACUAGUCUUAAUACAAUUUCUGUUCUGUUCUAUAAACAAAUUAACUAUGCAAAAGUACAUAUUGCAUUUUUUUUAAACAUAUAUAAUUUUUUGCAUGCAUUUAUCUGGGGUCUGUAUCAAACAAAAAAAAAAUCAUUAAAAGACAAAUACUAUUAACAGUAAGUGCGUAAUAGAGAUUCAAACAACAAGUGAAUUACAGUAAAGUAACAUAUGAAAUGUUUUUGCAAAAGAGGUAUUGAAUUCGUUCUUUGAAACAAUUUCUAUAAAAAUAAUAAAGUAUUAUAAGCUUGGUUGACCAACU